AUGAUCAAACUCCUUCCAAAAUCUCCAACAAAAACAACACCACAAGCCAUCAUAUCACCAUCCUCAGCUAUAACUCAAGUCCUCAACAUCCCCGAACUCCUCGAACAAAUCCUCUUUUUCAUCUUAACAUCACCCGAACUAGACACCCCAGCACGUUGUAAAACUGCCAACAUCCUUCGUUCCACAUCUUCAAUAUGGGCGGGAACAAUAGAUUCCUCACCAACCCUCAGCGCUCUAGCUUUUCGUAAUCGAAAAGCCUCCCCGACCAAUCCCACGGGGGGGGCAGCAGCAGCAAGAGAAGCAGUACCAAGAGGAGCAGCAACAGCAGCACCAAGAUCAGAAGGCGACCUAAACAUCCCAUUCCUCCAAUCUCUAAAAUACGAACUCUCAGAAAUCGAACAAAUAAAAUACUAUCAUGGAAAUUCACUAGGACUCAAAGAACUCAAAAAAAUAAAAAACUCCCAAAAAAUAAUUAAACCCUCAAAACUUACCUUUCAAAAAUUAAGAAAAGCACUGAGAUUUACUCCCCAAAAAACAAACCUUCAAUCUACAAAAUACCUCGCAUCAGACGUUUUAAUAAUACAACCCCUGCCUCCUAAGACAAUAAAUACAUACCUCCACUUCUCCGGCUGGGGUUGUUCAGAAUGGGUAGCAUGGCUACGAAGAUUUUCCAGACCCGAUGAUUUUCAUAAAUUCGGGAAUACAAUCGAAUUCAAAUAUUGGUACAAAAUCACAGAUUCAUCCGGUGGUAAUGCGAUUACAGGUGCCGAUGUAAUAAACGCUUUAACAAAAGUAUUAACAGAGUUUUAUACAUUCAACAAGGGACUAUUUGAGAUUAUUCAUAUCGAGUUAGCUGUGGGGAAUAUAUCACCUAGUAUACCAUCCAGUCCCAUAGAAACACCGACGGAAAUAGAAUAUAUGUAUAGAUGGUAUCUAUGGCAUCCUGAAAAAUUUGGAGGUGAGUCUUCUGUUGAUGAUAUUGUGCUUAGUUAUUUCUUUUGUAUUUUUCAUAUUGUAUCUGUUGGGUUCCGAAAGGUUUUGUGUAGAUAA